CGAUGAGCUACGCCAUAUUUACAUGCCACCAACCAUGAUUUAUCGGUUUUUAUUGAACUGCUAGUGACGGUACCGCAUUGAUUUAAGCGAUAAAUGUUACUUUUGGUGAAAGAAAAUUUUUGUUUUCUUAAGACCCAUAGAAUGAACGAUAGGAAGCAGCAAAAAGAUCUGAAGAAACAGAAAAAACUGGAAAAGUUCAUCAAAAAGCAAUCAAAAGCACAGAAAAUUGAAAGCAAGAAGAACCUGAAAUUGCAGAUAUCGCAGCAAGAAUCUAUAGCACGAACUCCUGAAGGUGAGUUGAAGGACGUGCACCAGAUUAUGAAAACAUAUGAUCCCGUGCAGGUUGAGGAGGGAUGGUAUUCGUGGUGGGAGAAGAAAGGUUUCUUCAAACCAGAGAUUCUGAAGAAAUACCGGAAUGAUGUGCGUGAACCGUAUGUAAUGGCGCUUCCUCCCCCUAAUGUUACGGGCAAGUUACACAUAGGACACGCCAUGAUGGUGGCCAUUGAGGAUGCAGUAGCGCGUUACAAGAGAAUGCAGGGAUUCGAGGUCCUUUUUGUGCCUGGAUGCGAUCACGCCGGCAUAGCAACGCAGACAGUGGUAGAGAAAAAGUUAUACAAGGAAAGGAAGCUCACCAGGUACGACUUAGGCAGAGAAAAAUUCGUUGGCAUGGUGUGGAAAUGGAAGGAAAAGUACGGAAAUACGAUUAUUGAUCAAAUAAAACGGAUGGGAACAUCGGUGGAUAUGAGCCGCUAUGUCUUCACAUUGGAUAAGAAGGUGAGUGAUGGCGUAAUCGAGGCAUUUGUACAGCUGUACGAGAAAAAACUGAUCUAUAGAGAGUCUAAGCUAAUAAACUGGUGUUCAAAGUUAUCCACUGCGCUGAGCGAUCUUGAAGUUGAUCACAAGUCGGUAAAACCGUUUACAAAGCUGCAGGCAGAUGGCAAGAAGUAUGUGUUUGGUGUGUUAUAUGCGAUAAAGUAUCCUCUGGCAGACAAAGGAUCGAGCGAAGUCAAUGACUACAUUGAGAUUGCGACCACGCGUCCUGAAACAAUUAUUGGUGACACUGCGCUGUGUGUCAAUCCUAUGGACAAGCGAGCGCAAUAUUUGAAGGGAAAGGUAGCAAUCAAUCCGAUAACAGAAGAGGUGAUUCCCAUAAUAUUUGACGAGUACGCAGAUAUGGAAUUCGGAUCAGGUGCCCUUAAGAUUACACCAGCCCACGAUUUUAACGAUUAUGACUUGGCAAAAAAGCACAAUUUAGCAAUCAAAAAUGUGUUUAACGAGAGUAAUGAGGUGUGCGUAGAGGGAAAUUUUUACAAAAUGAAGCGGUUUUACGCCCGGAUCAAGGUGUUAGAGCUUUUGAAGGACGCUGGCUUGUUUGUUUCAGAAACAGGCUACGAGCAAACUUUGCCGAUAUGUUCACGCUCUGGUGAUAUUCUAGAGCCGCUCCUGAAGAAACAGUGGUGGCUGAACUGCAAGGAAAUGGCCAAGAAGGCCAUCGAGGCGGUAGAAAGCAACGAGCUAAGGAUAGUUCCUGACAUAGCGGUAAAAAAUUGGAACUACUGGCUUUCAAACAUAAGGGAUUGGUGUUUAUCUCGGCAGUUGUGGUGGGGGCAUCAGAUACCGGCAUAUCAAGUGUUCAAGGGCAGCAAGAGCGUGGGCUGGAUCGUGGCACGAACCAAGGAUGAGGCAAAGAAAAAGGCUGAGGCGACCUACGGUUUAAAUACAGAAGAGUACGUGCUCAGGCAGGAUGAAGAUGUCCUCGACACGUGGUUCUCAUCUGGUUUGUGGCCCUUUGUUAUUUUGGGAUGGCCAGCAGCGACAGAUGAUUUCAGUCGUUUUUUUCCCAAUUCUAUUUUAGAGACAGGAUCCGACAUUUUGUUCUUCUGGGUCGCGCGUAUGGUCAUGCUCAGUGUUGAAUUGACGGGCAAAGUGCCAUUUAACACAAUUUUACUGCAUGGUAUCGUGCGGGAUGCCAAUGGAAGGAAAAUGAGCAAAAGUCUGGGCAAUGUAAUCGAUCCGCUCUACGUGAUAGAGGGAAUUGAGCUUGAUGAGCUGGCAAAGAGCGUCACAUCAACGAACCUGGAACCAAGAGAGGUUAAAACUGCCUUGGAAGGACAGAAAAAAGAUUUUCCGAUGGGAAUACCACGUUGCGGAUCAGAUGCCUUGCGAUUCACGUUGUGUUCUUACACUUCUGGGAUGAAGGACGUCAAUUUGAACAUUUUGCGAGCAGACGGGUACCGCAAAUUCUGUAACAAACUGUGGAACGCUUUUAAAUUUGUACUAAGAGCGGUUGAAAGCACCAAAAUCAGUUCUGAUGACAUCGCUAAGUUCGAAAAAAGCCUUUUGGUAGUUCAGGCGGGCAUGAAAUAUGUUGAUACAAAUCAUGAGUACACAAAGGACAACAGCGCAGUUGAAAAGCUGGAGGACAGGGAGCUAUUUAUCGAGAUUGCUAGCAAGAUGGCUGAUGAAAGUGUGAGUGAGAGGAAUGCCAGUGGUAAACUCUUCGUUAAAACACUUAACGAGGUUGAAACUGAUCCUGGACACGGUAUAGGAGCGUUGAGCAUUUCAGAAACGAAAAGCGAUUUCUUCUCCGCUCCACAUGUGAUCGAGUGGCUCUAUGGAAAGCGGGAAGCCAUGAUCGAGGAAUUCAUCAGCAGCAUGGAGGCGUUCAAUUUUAUGAGCGCUACUCAGUGCGUUCAUCAGUUCGCGCUCUACAUGUAUUGCGAUGUCUUCAUCGAGGUUGUAAAGCAGUGUACACAAACUGAGUACGUUGCAGCUCUUGUACUCGUGUUCAGAGAUAUAAUCCUGUUGUUGCAUCCUUUUAUGCCUUUUAUAACGGAAGAGCUGUUCCAAAGACUAAGGAUCCUCAACAUUUUGGAUCUUCUUGAAUCGGUCACCGUUGAACGACUGCCCAAGUGUUUAAAUCGUGGUUUUACCGACCAUUUUUCGCAGAUCAUAAACAUAUGCAAGUCUGUGCGAUCAAUUAUGGACUCCAAUAACCUGAAGAGUGCAGACGUGCAGUUUAACGAUAAGAACGCGCUACGCUUCAAAAAGGAGAUGAAAGCAUUGUGUAGGAAUGUCAGGACUUUCGAAUAUGUUGAGAAGGUGCAAGGGCGGUACAUUGAUCAAGUAGGACAGAUCAAGUUUUCUAUUUUGCCUGAAGAUCGAUCUGUUGUCUCCGAUACGGGAAGCAGUUCUGAGGCAGGCUACUAAAAUAAACGCGGUUUCUGGUC